AAUGGCUACCAGAAAGGAAAAAGGUCUAAAGGAAGAAGUCCAAGUCUCACUUGGUCCACAGGUGCGUGAUGGCGAGAUUGUUUUUGGAGUUGCCCACAUCUAUGCCAGUUUCAACGACACUUUUGUGCACAUUACCGAUCUGUCGGGACGCGAGACAAUUGCACGUGUCACCGGCGGCAUGAAGGUCAAGGCUGAUCGCGAUGAGGCCUCCCCCUAUGCCGCCAUGCUGGCUGCCCAGGAUGUGGCUGAGAAGUGCAAGAUGCUCGGCAUUACUGCUUUGCACAUCAAGCUGCGUGCUACGGGCGGCAACAAGACCAAGACUCCCGGACCCGGUGCCCAAUCUGCUCUACGUGCUCUGGCUCGCUCAUCUAUUAAAAUUGGUCGAAUUGAGGAUGUUACACCCAUUCCAUCCGAUUCCACACGCAGGAAGGGCGGACGUCGUGGUCGCCGUCUUUAAAUUCACAUUUAUCUACCUAAAAUGUAGGUUAUUCUAAUAAUCAACAAAAUGUCUAUAAAAACUUGA